UAGAUUUUCAAGGUCAAAAAAACGAAAUAAUCUUAGAACUCUUAAUUGCAGCUGAUGAACUUGGAGCUCAAAGACUAAUUGACCCUGUUCAAGAAUUUUUAACUAAAAAUUGUUACCAGUUUUUAC